AUGGCUGACACCGAUUCCUUCGUCCAUCUCGCCCGCCCUCUGGGUCCCGUGGCAGUGGGGUCUGCACCGACGACCGCCCCUGUGAAUGUUGUUAUUCAGCCUCAGGCUCUGUUCUCCAUCCUGGACCACUCUCUCCGUCGCAAUGCCGACCAGGAGCGUGUCAUCGGUACUCUUCUGGGAACCAGGUCCGAGGAUGGCACCGAAGUCGAGAUCCGCAGCACCUUCGCCGUGGGCCACACCGAGACGACAGACCAGGUUGAGGUGGAUAUGGAAUACCAGAAGCAGAUGCUCGCCCUGCACCUGAAGGCCAACCCCAAGGAGGUCCUCGUGGGUUGGUACGCCACCUCGUCCGAGCUCAACACCUUCUCGGCCUUGAUCCAAAAUUUCUACAGCGGCCAGGGCGACGGCACGUGGCCUCACCCCGCCGUUCACUUGACCGUCUCCACCGAGGCCGGCAAGGACAUCGAGACCCGCGCCUACAUCUCUGCCCCCGUCGGCGUGACCGCUGAGCGUGCUGCCGACAGCGCUGCCUUCAUCCCCGUUCCCUAUGAGAUCCGUUACGGCGAGGCCGAGAAGAGCGGUCUCGAGGCCAUUGCCGCUGCCCGGGAUGCCGAGGAGCGCUCCGCCAACAUCUUCACCGACAUCGAGGCCCUCGAGCGCGCCAUCGAGGAGGUUCUCGGUAUGAUCGACCGCGUUUCCCGCUAUGUCGAGUCCGUGAUCGACGAGGAGGCCCCCGCCUCCACGGCCAUGGGCCAGUACCUGCUCAACACGCUCGCCUUGGCUCCUAAGGUCGAGCCCGCCGACAUUGAGCGUGACUUCAACAACCACAUCCAGGACGUCCUGGUUGUGUCGUACCUGGCCAACACCAUCCGCACGCAGAUGGAGCUGUCCAACCGGCUAGCCACCGCACAGCUGACCCUGGGCGGCGAGGGCAGCGGCGAGUCCGGCGCCCAGCGCGGCGGACAGCGGGGCGGCAAGGGAGGCCGUGGUGGUCAGCAGCGGACUCAAGAGCGGAGCGGCGAGGAGGCUCGCGCGUAA